GUAGUGCGUGCAUGGCCGCGGGGGAUCAUGUUGAAGGUGACAGGUAGUGCCAUGCCGGGAGCCCUCAGUAUUCUGUCCAUCUCCGUGUUCGCCGAUACCGGUGACGGCGAGGGAGACAAGGCGCCCGGGGCUCCGUUGAACCGGGACGAGCUGUCUCUGUACGCGGCCCCCGCGCAGAAGUUUGUGUCCUCGGAUCGCGAAGCGGGUCAGCUGGAGGAGCGUGUCGCCGCACUCCGGAAGACGGCGGAGCCGUACGCUGCGUGGUGUAGCGGAACUUACGGCAAAAUCAAACCCAAAGUUCAGAGUGCGGUGCAGUUCGGAAGCGACACGUACUCCUACUUGAAGAACCCCCCGAAAGAUUUCUACCCGCGGGCAGGAGUGAUCGGCUUCACGGGGAUCCUGGGUCUGUUUCUGGCCAGAGGCUCCAGGCUGAAGAAGCUGGUCUACCCGGCGGGCCUGAUGACCCUGAGCGCCUCCCUCUACUACCCGGAGCGGGCUGCGGCCAUCGCCAGGUCAACCGGGGACUCCGUGUACGACUGUGCCGUGCAGAGCUACGCUGCCGUGGAGAAGAUGGUGAAUCCCCAGAGCAAGGCUGAGAAGAGCAACGAGUCGGAGACGAAACCUUGAAGAUGUCUACGCAGCUUCCGAAGCGUCCAGCAAUAACAGAUCACUCAGCAGCUGAUUCACUGAAACUGUAGAAUGAUUUGACUUUAGACUGAUCUGUGUGACUUUCAUGCCCUCUUUGCACUAAAAGCUUUGCUCUCCACUCAGGCCGGGCAUGGUCCUGUUCAAAAAAGGAAUUGCUACUUGAAUAAUUCACUGCUGUAACCGAUUUGAAUGUAUAUUUAUGUAGUAGAAAAAACAAAUUGUCUUACAUUAAAAUCAGAUGUUAAUCCCUUUUAAUUCUUUGUCUUGAACCAUGUGUAGUUGAGCAAGGAUACAAAUGAACAAAAAUAUUGACAUUUUCCCUUAAGAAUUUAACAAUUUUCCACAGUUAUAUUGUAUAAAGUAAAUAUGUCACUGUUUCAAGCAAAUAACAGGAAAUAUUAACUGGGUCCCUAAAACUGGACACUUUGUAACCUCACUGAACUCUGCACAGGAAGGAGUUAACAGCAGCCAAUGUGAGCAGCCUUACAAGUAGAUGAACAUAAAUUCUAAUAAUCAGCCUGCAUUAGCAACAUAUUCCAUCCGGUAAUGUUCAGCAACCAUUUGUGGGAAAACCUAAUUGCAUUAUAUGUGACUGUGAUGUCAUCAAAGUACAGAACCC